GAAAACAAAAUAAUAAAUCAGAUGAUUUAAUCAUGAAAUCUAAAUGAAGAAAAGACAAAGUAAUAAGAAGAUUCACAGCACGUUUUGUAUUGACAUCUAAUGAGUCGAAUGAUAUCAGCGAAAUGAAGAAUAAUUUCGAUAGUCCAAAUUAUGAAACCUCCAAUAUUAAAUCGUGACGACAUCAAUAAGAAGAUGCAUUACAUCUGUCAGUCAUCUGUCUCGACGGUCGCCAGAUGAUAACGAAUUAUCUAACUUCUGAACAUGCCAAACAAUAGCUCUUUGAAUAAAUGAUUACUUAAAAUAACCAAAAAUCAAAACUGGCGAUUCAGUGCUACUUGGCAGCUACCGAAUCAAAGAUGGUACUCUGGAAAGUCGCGUUGCAGUUGGUGCUGCUGUGUGGAGUAUUCGCUGAGCGAAGGUUUCCUAUUGGGAAAAUCGUAUCACCAAGUCAAGAACUUUCUGAUGCUUCAGCACCUCGUAACGAGGAGGAUGGAGGAUAUCGGCUUCCAAAUUCGACCGUACCUAGCCAUUAUUCGCUUCAUCUGAAGACUUCGGUACACCGAGGGGAUAUCAAUUUCCAAGGCGUUGUUGAUAUUCACUUUGAAGUGGUGGAAUCUACGGAUAAGAUCGUGGUUAACAGCCGAGGACUGACCGUCGUAUCAGCUGUCCUUUAUCGAGUCGAUGAUGAUGAAUUAGUUGAAAUUGAGCAACCCGUCGCAGCGUACAAUGAGAUAACCGAUCAACUAACAUUCCAAUCUUCAUCAACACUUGAGCUAGGAGAUUACGUGCUGACCGUCGACUACACCGGAGAACUGCAAUCAUCUGGGAGUGGUUUUUUCCGCCGGUUCUACAGAGAUGAGAACAACAAUCGUCGCUAUCUUGCAACGACCCAGUUCGAACCAACCAGGGCCCGUAUGGCAUUCCCAUGCUACGACGAACCAUCUCUCAAGGCAACCUUCACUGUGUCCAUAACGCACCAUGUGACUUACCAUGCAGUUUCGAACAUGCCCCAGGAAGGUCCCGUUGUCUUCGACUCCGAGGAUUCAGAAUUUGUGACGACUCACUUCCAAAAAACGAAUCGGAUGUCGACCUAUCUGUUAGCUUUUGUAGUGUCCGACUUCGAAACCAAAGAACUGGGACGCCAGCUAAUCCACGCAAGACCCAACGCUAUCGACGAUACCGAACUCGGUCUAGUGGCGGGUGAUGCGAUUUUGGAUGUUUUGGGCGAGCACACAGGAGUUUCGUACUAUGAUUAUAAGCCAAAACUGGCGCAGAUUGCCAUACCGGAUUGGGGCAGCGGUGCCAUGGAGAACUGGGGUUUGGUAACCUAUGGUGAACCUGCCUUGCUGUUCAACCCGACCGUGAACACAUACCGCUCAAAAAUUGACAUUGUUACAGUCGUGGCCCAUGAGUUUGCCCACCAAUGGUUUGGGAACCUGGUGACCACUGAUUGGUGGAAAUAUAUUUGGCUAAAUGAAGGAUUCGCUAACCUUUACGGUUACUACGCUGCCAAUUUGGCUUACCCCGAAGAAGAAUACAUGGAUCUGCAUCAGCUGCAAGCCACACAUGCCGCUCUGGUACAAGAUUCUAGCGAUUCGACAAGACCUAUGAACUGGGAUGCAAAUACUUCCACGGAAAUUUCUGCGCUUUUCGACACUGUUGCCUAUAGCAAAUCUGGCAGCGUUCUCAACAUGUUCCGCAAUAUUUUCGGAGAUGAAACCUGGCGAAAGGGUUUGAAUACCUAUCUGCUGAAUCGACAGCUUGAUGUCGCCACCGAUCAGCAUCUUUACGAAGCAUUGCAAAGCGUACUUCCCAAUGAACGUUCUUUUCCGGAUGAGUUUACUGUGAAGGAGAUCAUGGAAAGCUGGACAAACGCGGCUGGUUAUCCUGUUCUGAAUGUUCGUCGGAACUAUGAAACCAAUACAGUUAUCAUUUCUCAGCAGCGUUUCUACGCGAAUAAGAAACUGCCCCAAAAUCACCUGUGGUACAUUCCCUACAACUACGCCACUGAGAACAACUUAGAUUUUGAAGUUGAUCAAUUCAAAUGGCUUACGACGGAAGCGGACAAAAUUUACGUGGAUGUUGCACCAGAACAAUGGGUUUUGUUCAAUCGACAACAGUUUGGAUACUAUCGCGUCAACUACGAUGUUCGAAAUUGGGAAACGCUAACAUCGGCCUUGAUCCAUCAUCCAGGAAGCAUUCACCAUCUAAACCGUGCCCAGCUAAUCGAUGAUGCCUUCAACCUGGCACGAGCUGGUGUCCUCGACUUCAACGUGGUUCUACGUCAGCUAAUCUCACUGACCAACGACGAAGACUAUCUACCGUGGGCAGCCGGCGAUAAAGUUCUCCGUUAUAUUCAAGGAAAAGUGCGUGGUACCGAUCUACAAGCACGCUUCGAAUUCUUCGUACACACUUUGAUCGGAAAUAUCUAUCUGAAGUUAAACGUCGAUUCGGUUGAGUCAGACGAGACGUUGAAGCAGAAGUAUUUCAAACAAUUAAUCUCCACAUGGGCCUGCCAAAUUGGAUACAUCGACUGCUUAGAGCGAACACAUGACACAUUGCAGGCAGCAGUGGAAGGCAGCCUCACAAUUCAUCCGGAUGUAAGCACUGUGGUUUACUGCUACGGUAUUCAGCAUGCCUCCGAUGAAGAAUUCCAGUGGCUGUACAACCAGCUGGUGAAUUCGAAGAAUGAAGCCUAUCGCUCUCUCGUUAUCAACGCUCUUGGCUGUUCUCGAAACAGGGAUCACCUGAACUCGUUCCUCUCCACAUCGCUCGGGUCGGUGGAAAUCAACUACUCCGAUACCGAACGUCCCAGGGUUGUACAGGCGGUGUACUCCAACGAUCGUUAUGGUGUCGAUGUGCUGAUCGACUAUUUCAGCUACUCCGCUCUGGUGGAUGAUUUGGUGAAUCAACUGGGUCAGUCGACGCUCAACAGUGCGAUCACCAACAUUGCUUCGCGUACAAAUACGGAGAUUGAAUUCGAUCGGUUGAAGGAUCUUUUGCAGACGUUGGGAUCGCGGGUAUCGGAGGAUGUGCGCAGUGCCGCCCUCGCCACCGUUCAGACCAAUUUCGAUUGGUACCCCAGUUUGGAGGGACUGGUCGUGGCUGAUUUUCUCGAAAAGUUCCCGUGGGUUAAGUAAGGAUGAUUGAAAAUAGAAGUUUCGUAAAAUG